AGUGCACCAGUAGCUUUUACAUUAGCAACGUGUUGUGCUAAGAAAUAAUUAUAAAGAUAAAUAAAUUUGAUAUUUAAACAACAAUUCAAAAGUUAUUAAUACAUAAUAAAUAAGUAUUGAUCUUAUUGACAGUUUUUAUAAAUCACUCCAACCAAAUGUUAUGAGUUUAAUCAAUUAAAUCAGAUAUAGUUACUCCAAAACCGGGUUAUCCUAAUCAUAUCUUCUACAACGUGCCGCGUCUAGUAUUUCAAAACUCAAAUCAGUUAAAGUGAAUUGCAGGAAUUUACAUAAUUUAAAAGAGAAGAAUUUAAACAGUAUUUAAACGCAAAUUUCAAAUGAUUACAAUUUUAAUUGGAUUGUAAAAAAUUAGUGAAGCAAUUAUUAAUGCCGCUAUUGAUUUUUCAACGCAUCACCAUACGAAUAAUUGCAAACAUGAUAAGCCUGGGUAUUAUCAUUAAAUGACAAGUGUCAAACUAGAAAAAAAUGACCCACUGAUGUAUCGACGCUGUCCUAGGUAGCUAUUUUUUAUUGAUAAGAUCAAAUGGUCAGGGAAUCAAUAUCUGGAAAUCUAAUUUACUGACGGCGCUCAUUCGAUCAAGACAGUUUCUCUUUGCAUAUUCAAAUCGCUAUAAAAUUUUCUCAUAAAUUCUCAGCCUUUACGACAGUAAAAUUUAAAAAGCGAUAAAUUAAAAAUAUAAUUGAAGGUAAUUUCGUAGCAACGUUUGCGUAAAUACAGCAAAAGUCUGGUGGAAUAAGUCUCCAGCGAAAAAUAUAUAUUUAUUGAAAAGAUGCAACAGCUAUCGAACGCGCUUGAAGAAACGGUUUACUAUAAAGACGUUGUUAUAGUUGGAAAUGGACCGGGUGCAAUGUUUUUAUCGUUUAUGCUCAAUGGUAAUUGGCCUUAUUACACUGGAGGUUCGCAUCCAGGCGACGAAAUGCUCACAGCUCGUCUACAUUACAUAUUAGACAAUGCUAAUAAAGUUAUGACACAUAAUAUAGAAAUAAAAAAAGAGGAUGAAACUAGAGAGAAUUUACUUAUGUACAAAGACGAGGACAAAAAGACUGGUAAAUCAAACUCUGGAAUACAGACACAAAUAGAAAUAGAAAAUACAGAGAGAAAGAGUCUGCUAGAAUGUACCCGGGAAGAGCUUGAGAUUUUAGCGACUGGCGUGGAAGGUCGGGGCACUUGCAGACCGCUAGCUUUACUGAUGGACCAGCUGCAGCAUCCAUGUGUUGAUUCAGGCCUUAACUUGCCGGGUCUGAUAACUUGGAAGUCGGCGGAACACUGUUCGAGACAGAAAAUUGUGAACCACGUAGUGCUGGGCAAAGGUCCACCAGGUGGAGCGUGGCAAUUUAUGGAUCCAAAUGUAUUAACAAUUAGUCUAAGUCGGUGGAUGUCGUUGCCAGGAUUAGAUUUUCAAAAGUGGGAAAGGCUAGUGGGAGCUGAACAAUUACAUAAGAUUUCUAUUUCAUUACAAGACGCUCGUCUCUCGGCAGAGCCAAACUUUGACACGCUUGAUGCUAUGAAACGAAUUCCAGUUGGUAUCGUAGCUGCGUACUACAAAGAAUAUGUCAAAAAACAAGGAUUAGCUAAAUAUUUUAAAACUGGGAGGACAAUAACAUCAGUACGACCUAUAUUAGAUACAACGAACACCGAAGAUAGUUACGGAUGGGUUGUAAAAGGAUACGAUAAUUUAAGCGGUCGGAAAUUUCGUUACAAGUGUAAAAAAGUCGUCCUUGCCAGUGGAUCUACCAACACUUUCAAUCGCCUUGGACUUGCCGGCGAGGAAACCCAAUCCAGUUGGGUGACCCACGAUCUCAAUGACCUUGAAACUCGUCUCGAUCGGUUAGCGGGCAAAUGUAAAAAAUGUGGAGCACGAGAGAACCAGGACUUGAGCAAAAUAGAUCCAGUAUUGGUGGUUGGUGCCGGUUUGAGUGCUGCAGACGCCAUUAUAACUGCCCGCUGCCGAGGAAUUCCGGUAAUUCAUGCAUUCCGUGAAUCGUCUGACGCGUCAUCCGACGAGAGCGAGAGUGGAGUUAAGUUAAGUGCCAAUGUCUACGAAAGACUGCAGACGCUUCCCAUCUCCAUGUACCCGGAAUACCAUAAAAUUUAUGAAAUGAUGGCAGAUGGGAGGAAUCAUAGACUCUACAAGUCCCUUGCGGGUUACAAACUUGUAGACCUUGGUGUAAAAUCUAAUGAUUCAAACAAAACUAAGGAGAGAAGAGUAACCCUGAGGUCACCGAGCGGACAACUAUUUACAUUCCGUGUUUCCAUAGUUGCUAUUCUCAUUGGUUCUAAACCAGACUUAUCUUACCUCGGAGAUUAUGCAAAUAAGUUAGGAAAAGUCGAAGAUAAGCCGAUAAGCGGUCGGUCUAAUCCCAUUCUAGUUGACGACUUUACUUACCAAGUUAUAAAGUCUCCGAGAGAGGGGCUCUACGCAAUCGGAUCACUCGUUGGAGACAAUUUCGUACGUUUUAUACUUGGCGGCGCAUUUGGUGUCGCGUCCCACAUACUCCGCACUAUUGACACCGAAUAAUUGUACAUUAUAAUAGUUAUUACUAUUUAUAUAAUUAUUACCAGAGUCAAUAUACUGAACUUACACCAAACUUACGUAAAUUUACUGGUGUGAAACUGAAAUUAUUUGAUGGUUUAGUUUAGAAAAAAAAAAAUUUGUAAUAUAUUGAAAUGAAAUUAACUUAGUUAAGUUAAAAAAAAAAAAUUCUUUUUAGUUUUAAAUACUCAAUAGUUUAAUUUAAAAAAUUAUUUUUUUUAUUAUUUAUAUUUAUCAGAAUCAGCUAAAACUUACUGGUACAUUCCUUGUGAAUUUUGAUUUUAUAAAUAAUUCUAAAUAAAUUUGAUAAGUUCGAUGUAAGUUAAUUGAGUUUGACUCAGGUACUACCAUUACAGUUAGAAUUCAUUUCUAUUGCUAAAGCAAAUUACUAUCGUACCAAGGACGCCGAAAUGGUGCUACGCAAUGUCAAAUGAUAAGAUUACUCUUGUGCCUCCUUGACCGUUUUUAUUAUUUAUUUACAUAGUAUUUUUCUAUAAUAUAUGACCGGGUUCAUUAUAAAUGACUAGAGUUCAUAAAUUUUUACUAAAACCAUCGGCAAGAGAUUAUUAUUAUUAUUAUUGUUGUUAUUAAUUUUUUUUAUAAAGAUAUACGAAAUGUAGACAUAAUAUAUAUAUUUAUCUAUUUUUUUAUAAAAUAUCAAGAAAUUUAAAAAAUAUGUUCUGUAGGUUGCGGGAUAUAUUUAUUCAAUCAAUUUUUUAAAUAUUUAUCUUAAAAGCUUUUAUUAAUUUGAGUUACUUUUUUAUGUAUAUUAAAUUGUAAUAACAACAACCUAUUUACAGGUGCCUUCUGAUAGGUGAUUAUGCUUAAAAUUUAAUAACAAAUGCAGAGAACACUUGUAAUAGUAAAUGCUAAUUUAAAGCGUUUAAAACAAUAGGGUACAAAGAAUAAAUAUAUGUAUAGAUUAUAAUUUA